ACACACCCAGAGCUUCCCCACCGAUGCCUACGGCACCCUCGAGUUUCAGAGUGCUGGCCAUGUCAACAAGACUAUGUACGUCAGGGUGUCCUACGACACCAAGCCAGACAACCUUCUGCACCUGAUGAUUAAAGACUGGCAGCUAGAGUUGCCCACACUGCUCAUUUCGGUCCAUGGGGGUCUUCAAAACUUUGACCUGCAGCCCAAGCUGAAGCAGGUCUUUGGGAAAGGGCUUAUCAAAGCUGCUGUGACAACAGGGGCAUGGAUUUUCACCGGCGGAGUUUCCACUGGGGUGGUUCGUCAUGUAGGAGAUGCCUUAAAAGACCACUCCUCUAAAUCCCGAGGGAAAGUCUACGCUAUAGGAAUUGCCCCCUGGGGUAUUGUGGAGAAUAAAGAAGACCUUAUCGGGAGGGAUGUAACAAGACCCUACCAGACUAUGUCCAACCCUCUGAGCAAGCUGACACUGCUGAACAACAGCCACUCACAUUUCAUCCUCGCUGACAACGGCACCCAUGGCAAGUAUGGCGCUGAGGUGAAACUGCGCCGACAACUGGAGAAGCACAUCUCCCUGCAAAAGAUCAACACGCGUAAGAGCUCACCCACACAAGCUUCCUCAAGAGCGCUCUUUCUGCAUCUGACAGGUCUUGGCCAGGGAGUGCCAGUAGUGUGUCUGAUCGUGGAAGGGGGCCCCAACGUGAUCUCCAUUGUGCUGGAAAGCUUACGGGAGGACCCUCCUGUCCCUGUGGUGGUCUGUGAUGGCAGCGGGCGUGCCUCUGACAUCAUUUCAUUUGCACACAAGUACUCGGAGGAUGGAGGGUAAGAAUGGGUGUACUUCACCGUAGCCCAUCCAUUUUUCAGUUGUGAAUGUGUCGGGCCACCGUUUUGUCUCU